AUGAAUGGAGAGACAAUUGAGAAGAAAUAUACAGACGGAGAAGACCUUCUAAACGUGCGGGUCCUUCAGCGAAACCUAGUAUACGUAGUGGGCAUUCCUAUUGAGUUUGCACGCGAGGACUUGCUUCGCUCCAAGAGCCUCUUUGGGGGAUUUGGAGAGAUAGUUAAAAUAGUUCUAAGCCGAAGAAAGGAAACCAAGCCAGAAAAACAAACAGAGGGAGUGUACAGUGCGUACAUAACAUACCUCAAGGAGGAGUAUGCAGUUGAGGCCAUUCGAGAAAUGGAUGGCUUUAUGCUAGGGGAAAAGACAGUUCGGUGUACGUUUGGAACGACAAAGUACUGCUCGUUUUUCCUGCGGAAGAUCAAGUGCAGUAACGAAGGGUGCCUAUACCUCCAUGAAAAAGGGAGGGACGAAGAUUCAUUUGCCAGGGACCAGAUGUUUGUGCUGAAGACGAAAAUUGAGAAGAUUAUAGAAGAAAGACGGCCUGUGGAGAAGGAUACUUUCUCCAGCGGAGCAAAAGCAAGUGACAGUGACAAUAUAGAGGAGUUAUCUGCACUGUUUUUGUUCAAGCCAGAAUAUGUUGCGGCCCAGAAGCAUUAUGACAGCUGCCAAUUCAACCCGUUCUACAGAAGAACAUCCGAUGACAGCCACGAGUCUGCAUCCUUGGGUGUUCGAAGUAUAUGUGCAGAAAAGUAG